UUGACUGAGAAUUCGUGUGUUCUAUUUUGCGUUGUUUGCAGAAAGAAAUAACAAAAUACAUUGCAUCAUUGUAUCAUUAUGAUUAUAAAUAAGACAAGCCUGUAGAGUGUAGUGCUAACUUUAAGCAUACUUUCACGCUCAAAGAUGGAAGUAUUCUGUAAAAAUCCGUUUUGGGAUCCGGAUUUACUAAAUUCUUCAACACCAGAUGUUUCCGAGUGUUUUCAGGAGACUGUGUUGGCAUGGAUUCCUUGUUUUUAUUUGUUUCUUGUGUCACCAUUGUAUUUUUACUGCCUCAAGAAAAACAACAAAGGUUACAUUAAACUAUCACUUCUUCAUGUUUUGAAGUCGGUUACAUGUGCCAUACUGAUUCUACUAACGUUGAUUGACCUCCUGAAAGGUGUAUCAGAUUAUGCAGAUGAGAAUGUUACACCUGUAUAUAUAUUCACACCUGCAUUAUUAUGUGUGACAAUGAUUUGUGCAUUUGUUGUAAUUCAAGAUGAAAGAAUGAAAGGUCAAAUGUCAUCUGGAGUCAUGUUUGUUUUCUGGAUUUUGGCUGUUGGUUGUGGUGUUAUAGAAUUCCGCUCAAAAAUUAUUCAGGAUACUGGUGAUACAUUCCGCUAUGUAACUUUUUAUAUGUAUUACGUGUUUCUGAUUGUAUCUCUGGUGUUGUCGGCCUUCUCAGAUCACCUUCCACAUUACUCGCCUGUCUCUCCAGACACAAAUCCAUGUCCAGAGAAGACAGCCUCAUUCUUAUCUCGCAUCACCUUUUGGUGGUUCACCAGUCUGGCAAUUCAAGGCUACAAAAGAGCACUGGUGAGGGCAGACUUGUGGUCGUUGUUAAAGCGUGAUGAGGCUGGCACAAUUGUCCCUCGCUUUCUUAGGAAAUGGAGGAAUGAGAUAUGCAGGACUGUGAAGAAAAGAAAAUCUAAAGAAACCAGGGAAAGAAAAAAGUUUGUGGUGGUCAAACUGGAUGAAGAUCCUCAUUUGAAUGCCAAGAGUGGGGGCGCUAUGUCAACCAAGACAGAAGUUGCGGAUGAUAGUUACGCUGAAUGUCAUGAGCUCACAGAUUUCUUUGGUCGACCAGUUGAUCACAAAGCCUCGCUGUUGAAAAGCCUGGUUAAAGCAUUUGGUGGAUGGUUUUUAUUGGGGGCUGUGUAUAAGUUCAUCUAUGAUAUUUUGCUUUUUGUUAGCCCACAGAUUUUAAGAUUACUAAUCAUAUACACACUUGACAAGAGCAUCUACGAAUGGCAAGGCUACGUGUACGCCAUCAGCCUUCUCAUCGUCGGUAUCGUUCAAUCUUUGUUUUUACAUCAAUACUUCCAUAUAUGUUUUGUUACUGGAAUGCAUCUGAGGACUGCCAUCAUCGGUGCUGUUUACAGGAAGUCUCUUGUACUUAGUAACAGUGCUCGCAAGACCGCUACUGUCGGUGAGAUUGUCAACCUGAUGUCCGUAGAUGCCCAACGGUUCAUGGACUUGAUGACCUAUCUUAAUAGCAUCUGGUCAUCCCCGCUCCAAAUUAUUGUGUCCCUCUACUUCCUAUGGGGUGUGUUAGGACCAUCGGUGCUUGCAGGUGUUGGUAUUAUGGUCUUACUGGUCCCGCUAAAUGCUUUCAUUGCGACCAAGUCCAAGAAAUUGCAGGUGAAGCAAAUGGCGUUAAAAGAUGCACGAAUCAAGCUGACAAACGAGGUGCUAAGUGGUAUUAAAGUUCUGAAAUUGUACGCCUGGGAAGAAUCAUUUGAAGAUAAGAUCAAAGACUUAAGAAAUAAGGAGUUAGUAUAUUUGAAGAAGUUUGCAUAUCUGAAUGCUGGGACUACCUUCACAUGGACUUGCGCCCCUUUUUUGGUAUCUUUGUGUACAUUUGCUGUUUAUGUUCUCGUUGAUGAUACCCACGUUCUAGAUGCUAAGAAAGCUUUUGUUUCACUGUCGCUGUUCAACAUACUUCGUUUUCCAUUGAUCAUGUUUCCCAACAUAAUUUCCAACAUUGUACAGAGCAGCGUGUCUCUUCGACGUCUUGAACGAUUUUUGAAACAGGAUGAGUUGGACUUGAACAGUGUUGAACACUGUGAUAUGCCAGGUCAAGCAGUUGUUGUUGAUAAUGCUACCUUCAGCUGGGGUAAAGAUGAUGAUCCCAAUUUACAAGACAUUAAUUUAGAUGUGCAAGAGGGUGCCAUCAUCGCUGUUGUUGGAAAAGUGGGUUCUGGGAAGUCAUCACUUAUUUCAGCAAUGUUAGGAGAAAUGGAAAAGACAAAAGGAAAAGUCUUUACUAAGGGUUCUACAGCAUAUGUCUCACAACAAGCAUGGAUACAGAAUGCUACGUUGAGAGACAACAUCUUGUUUGGACGUAACCUGGAAGAGGUCAAAUAUCAUCGCAUUGUUCAAGGGUGUGCUCUAGCAACAGAUUUUGAUAUGUUGCCAGGCGGUGAUAUGACAGAGAUUGGUGAAAAGGGUAUUAACCUGAGUGGUGGCCAGAAACAACGAGUGAGCCUCGCCCGAGCAGUUUAUUCAAAUGCUAACAUCUACUACUUGGACGACCCACUGAGUGCUGUCGAUUCUCAUGUUGGAAAGCACAUCUUUGAUCAUGUGAUCGGUCCAGAUGGUCUGCUUAAGAAUAAGACACGCAUUUUGGUAACCCAUGGCAUCAGUUUCUUGCCUCAGGUUGAUCAAAUCGUUGUACUUGUUGACGGACAGGUGUCAGAGGUCGGAUCAUACACUGAACUACUUGAGCAAGAGGGCGCCUUCUCUGAGUUCUUGAAGAAUUACAGUUUAGAUGCUGAGAAGGAGAAUGGUACAGAAGAUCAACCAACAGUGUUGUCACUACAUAGUGAAGGACUUGAAGUUGUUAAAGGAAGAUCAGAUGAGGAUGAAAGAUGUCUCUCCAUGUUGUCCGUCGGUGAUGAAUGUGGAAAGAGUUCUGACAACAUUGACAGAAGGUUGACCUAUGACACAGUAUCCCAGUUGGAUUCAAUAUCCAUUGGCAGGCAAAUUCCUCUUGCAAAGUACAAAAAGAUGGAGGAAUUGAAGAAGGUUGCCAUGGAUAACAAGGAGGAAAAAUUGAUUGAAAAAGAAAAAACAGAAACAGGAAAGGUGAAAUGGUCCGUGUAUACAACAUACCUGAAGUCUGUAGGUUGGCCACUUUCAAUCCUAAUCUUAAUAUUCUACCUGUUGUCGAAUGCUGCCUCGAUUGGCGCCAAUCUGUGGUUGAGUCACUGGAGUGAUCAACCAGUGAUUGAUGGUGUCAACGAUGCCAGUAAACGUGAUAUGUAUCUUGGUGUGUACGGUGCUCUGGGCUUCGCCCAAGGUUUAGGCAUCCUCUUUGGGGGCAUCUGGUUUGUUAUCGGCGGGUUGAUGGCCUCGAAAAAACUACACAAACAGAUGGUGCACAAUAUUCUUUUAACACCCAUGUCCUUUUUUGACAAGACACCUAAAGGUCGACUACUGAAUCGGUUUUCAAAAGAUAUUGAUAAUGCUGAUUUCCAACUGCCACAAACAUUUCAGUCCUGGUUGGGAUGUGUCUUUAAAGUAUCUGGUGCCCUUAUCGUCAUUUGUAUUUCUACUCCAGUUUUCCUCACUGUUUUUCCGGCUUUAGCUCUGUUUUAUUACAUUGUUCAGGUCCAGCUGGCUUCAACUCCUGCCAUGGCAACACGACCACAACAUCUCCACUCCGUAAGCCUUAUUCUUAGAUUUUAUGUUUGUACAUCACGCCAAUUGAAACGUUUAGAAUCGGUGUCACGGUCUCCAAUCUACUCGCACUUCUCUGAAACGAUAACAGGAACAAGUACGAUACGAGCUUACGGACGUCAGUCAGAGUUCAUCCAACAAAAUCAGGGUUUGAUAGAUGAAAAUCAGGUCACAUAUUACCCUAAUGCCUGCUCCAACAGAUGGCUUGCUCUUCGUCUGGAGUUCGUUGGUAAUCUUAUUGUAUUCUUUGCAUCAUUAUUUGCUGUGAUUGGUCGGGAUAAUCUUAGCCCAGGUCUGGUGGGCUUGUCAGUUUCAUAUGCAAUGCAGAUUACACAGACAUUGAACUGGUUAGUGAGAAUGACAAGUGACUUGGAGACUAACAUUGUUGCUGUUGAAAGAAUCAAAGAAUAUUCAGAGACAUCUACUGAGGCUGCUCGAAUUGUAGAAGACAAUCGACCUGAUGAAGGUUGGCCCAGCAAGGGUGAGAUUGUGAUGACUAACUACUCUACCCGCUAUCGUGAAGGCCUAGAUUUAGUUGUCAAAGGCAUUGACAUUAGUAUCAAGAGUGGAGAGAAGAUUGGAAUUGUUGGUAGAACUGGUGCGGGCAAGUCUUCACUGACUUUGGCAAUUUUCCGUAUUAUUGAGGCUGCUGGAGGAACCAUUACCAUUGAUGGUAUUGAUAUUUCAAAAAUUGGGCUUCAAGAUCUUCGCUCAAAAGUCACAAUCAUACCCCAAGACCCAGUUCUUUUUGCCGGCUCACUUCGCAUGAACCUUGACCCCUUUGAUAGUUACACUGAUGAUGAAAUCUGGAAUUCCUUGAGCUUGUCCCAUCUCCAAGUUUUCGUGUCAAGUUUACCACGUGGACUUCAACAUGAAUGCACCGAAGGAGGAGAAAACCUUAGUGUUGGUCAAAGGCAGUUAAUUUGUCUAGCGAGGGCGCUGUUACGGAAGAGCAAGUUACUGGUCCUAGAUGAAGCAACUGCAGCCGUAGAUCUUGAGACAGAUGACCUGAUACAAGCAACAAUUCGUAUGGAGUUUGCAGAUUGUACGGUGUUAACGAUCGCACAUCGACUCAACACAAUCAUGGACAGCAGUAGAAUUUUAGUUUUAGAUGAUGGAAGAGUUUCCCAGUUUGCUUCUCCAACUGACCUUCUUUCUAUUGAUGGGAUUUUCUUCAACAUGGCGAAAGAUGCAGGUUUAGUGUGAAGGAAUCCAGAUUCAAUAAGAGAUGAGCUGGUCUUGUCAUUCUUUGAGAGACAAAAGUUCAUUGUAAAUGGUACAGUUUAAAUCAAAUCUAAACUAUUAAUGCUGGAUAACCAAAUGUGGCUCCAGAUAUCAGGCCUUAUUGUCACCAGAAUUUUUCAAACGGUGGGGGGAAGAGGCCCACAACAUAUUCAGAAGAUAAGUGGGAGUGCUAAUUUCAAUAUAUGCCUUGAAAUUUUAAAAUUUAGUGGCAAAACAGGGGGGGGACAUGCCCCUACUUGAUUCGCCCCUGGGGUUAAAUGAGCUUUCUUAACAUAUCUAAUUUCAACACUGACUUCGAUGAAAAUUCAAGAGAUUCAAAUUUUUUUAUUGUUGCGAAAGCCAUCGAGGGCUAUUAUCCAUUUAUUUACAACACAUAUAUGUGAGGUCUCACUACAAAAUGAGUCUCAUCGUUAGAAAAUCAAAAAAUGAGUUUAUUUUAUAUUUUGGUAGAUCACAUUAUAAGGUUUAAUUUGG